AGGUUAGAGCGAGGCCAUUUAAUCAUCACAUCAAGAUGAAAACAACAUCGUUUUUAUCCGUGUUAAGAAGUUGUACAAGUCUGGCGCAUAAAAGAAGAUCGUUAGCGUUUGUUUGCACCACAUAGCUGUGAGAGAUUUAUUAAAUCAAUCUGGUCAGGAAAUAGUGGCAGAAACUUUCAACAAUAAUUGCAAUGAGAUGUAAUGGCAAAUUACGAUGGCCACUGCAGAACUGACCGCCAAUAGCGAUGUCCAAGGAGAUACAGAACCAGAACAAACGAUGUCGCCAUCACCACCGUCAUCGUCGUCAGUUAUAAAGAAGUGGUUAAGAUGUUUUAUCCUCCUUGCUGUUAUCUUAACAUAUCUUUUUGUCGGCGCGCUCGUUUUUCGCGCAAUGGAACGUCCGUUGGCAGUUCAAGCUCAUGAAGACUUCGAAGCAGCACUCCAUCAAUUUGAAUUGCAAAAUGAUUGUCUGUGCGAGGAGGAUGUCGAUGAACUCUUGAAUAUCGUGAUGAGGGCUCUACGGGAAGGGGCCUAUGUCGGUGGAGAUCGGUACGCUAAUCUGAUGAUUGAGGGUAUAAUCAAUGACACUUCAUUUGCACGUAUGUGGUCUUAUAAACCGAAUUUCAUAUUAGUCACAUCGGUUGUAACAACAGUAGGGUUCGGGUAUACAGCACCACGCACAGAUAGAGGUCAGUUCUUCUGCGUUAUUUAUGCUAGCAUGGGCAUACCGUUCGUAGGAACCAUAAUCUGGUCAGUUGGUAAAAUACUGCAGUCGCUUGCCGAACCAGUAAUCAAGAUUUCUAAGAGACUCCACAUCAGCGUGGUCACCCGAAGUCGUUUCUGGACACCUUGGGUAUUUUUCUUUAACCUCCUGUUAGCGUAUAUUUUAUUGAUGGUUCCAUCAAGUGUCAUUCAUUACCAUACCCAAGAAGACUGGAGCUGGCUACAAUGUAUGUAUUUCGCUAUGGUAACGAUGACUACCAUAGGAUUUGGCGAUAUAGAGGUGGAAGAUCACCCAGGAGGUGCAGAACCUGUCCGAUUUUUCAUACAGAGUGGUCAUUUUGUCCUCCUGAUCACCUGCGUGGCUAUACUCUCCAUCAUGUUUAACAACGUCUCCAAGGCUGAACGACAGGGUGUCGAAGACAUCUCCAGUCGUAUCUUAAGCCUCAAGUCAAUGCGCCGCCUGCAUCAUCGGAAAGUUACACGAGAUGGAGAAACAGGCAUCCAAGGAGGCAGUUCUGAAUAGUCAGGAGAUCACAUUAAAAGCAGAUAUAGAAAAAAUACUUCUAUGGCCAUGUACUGUUAUAGUCAAUUUUUUUUCUCCACGUGGAUGAUUAUUAUUUAUCUUUGGGGGGUUACGAUUUCCUUAACACGAAGUCCAUGGAUUCUUCAACAUUGUAGCCAAUGCCUGUAUCCUCGCCAAGUAUAUACGCAGGCACUGCGAACUGGAAGAAACAAUGAGCUUAUUAGCUUUUUGAAGUCAAUUGCUACAAACAAGAGCUAGAAUUACAUCAUACAGUUGUAAGCCUACUUAAUAAUAUUUGAUUUUUUGUAUUCUUACGCAAAUUACAAUGACACAGGACGGACUAGAUGUCAAGUGGGUGACAGAAUUUUAUGUUUUUUUUAUUAAGAUCCCUUUAAAUUGACUAUGUUCAAUGUUUUUUUUUUUAAUAAAAGGUUAUUGUCAUCUCAAUUAAAUUCAUUUAAAUAACUUAAAUUGGUUUGGUUUUGGCAGUUAAACACAUAAUUAUUUUGGAUUUAUUAACCAGUUAUUGAAAACAUGAUUUAAAGAAUGUAUGUGGGCGUGUGUUGUUGUAUGUGCGAAGGUCGGUUUGUGUGUGUGUGUGUUUAUAAGUGUUGUGUAUGUGUUUUGAGUGGGUGUGUUUGCGUUUGUGAGCGCUCCUUCGAGCUUGGGGUGUUUUUGUGUUUAUGGCUGAUAGUAUGUGUAUGUGGAAAGUAUGUGUGUGCGCGCGAAAAUUUGGGAUUGUGUACAUUGCAUUUAUCUAACAAAUUAUACCAUGUAUUUUCAUUAUUAUUAUUAUUAUCAUUAUUAUUAUUGUUUUUUUUUUGGUUGUUGUUAUCAUUAUUUAUAUUGAAUGUCAUUUCUAAUGGGAUAAUUUAGAAAGUAAUAGUACAGUACAGCGCAGGAAAUAGCACUAGUACAGUAACUAGUAAAUGUGUGUGUGUGUGUGUCAAAGACGUAAGAAAUAUCACAUGUCAUCACAAUGCCUGAAUUAAUAAAAGUUAUGUCAUUUAUUCCUCGUUAAUCUAUUAUCAUCAUACUGCAUCAUUUCAUGGAGUUCAAUAACAUUGCACAAACCAGCACAUUUAACUACAAAGUGAUAUAAACAAGAAUUAUGUAAUCCCAUGGUCGAUUCUUAUCUCAUAAAACAACAACAGUGAAAAUCAUGAAAGUACACAAGGGUAACAGUGGAAAAGACGUCCCAUGUUGAUCUAAGAUCAAUUAGUUUUCCUCGUUCCCACUUUCGGGAAAUUGAUGUACAUAAUAAUUACAUGAAAAGCGCAUAGAAGCACAAUUAUGAAGCGCUUUGUAAAUGUAAGUAUUAUUAUUAUGAUGAUGAUGAUGAUUGUUAUUAUUAUUAUUAUCAUCAUCAUUAUAUAUCCAAAUGGCAUUUGACAUGAAAGUUGGUCCCAUCACUUUCGCCAACAGUAAACUUCAAUUACGCUAGUGAUUGAUAAUACAUUUUUUAACGAGAAAUCAUAGUGAUAUGGUCAAACUAAUUAUUGUCAUAAAAAAAGCCCAAUUAUUCAGUUUUAAACUUAUCUUGUCCCAUCAUUUUAAUACUUAUUUCAUUUCUUCAUUCUUUAUCUUUAUUGGAUCAAAGACAGAUAUAUGGAAUGGACAAUAAGAAUUGUUGGUUUAGGGGGAAAUGGAUGGGAGAGAAAGACCUGUAAAAAGAGAAACGAACUAAAGAAAGUGACCACACAAAUAACAAAGAGAAGAACCCAAAAAGGAAAAGAAAGAUAAUAAGUAGGGAGAAGAAACGAACAGCUCAAAUGAGGUGACCUAUAGUGUCGUUACAUAGGUCCAUGCAUUAAUCAAGUUUCUGUUUCUUGCUUAAACAGCGCCCCCUGCACCAAAGAUUUUCAAAAUGAAAUUACACAAAUAAAAUCCAGAACAACUGAUAUUUAUCAAAUGCUCUUUGAUUUCAUAUUGAUAUAUUUCAAUCUCUAAACAUUAAAACUGCCCUCGACGCAUUGAUAUAACGCUUUUGGAUGAAAUUGCAGUCAUCUGUCUUAUGUUUUUUUUUCCGUUUUACACUCGGACACAUACGCACCGCCUCACUCUCGCACACUUUGCACUACUAGAACCCAACUUCUCACGACAUACAUCUCGUGCCCGUACUCACAUACACACUCACCCUCACCCAUGCACACACACACACACACACACACUUUCUCUCUCUUUCUCACUCUCGUUUUAUACUAGUCUUUCUUAACCUUUGUUCUUAACUCUCAAAACACCGUAGCAUCUACUCCAUAGUCAAAACUUCUUUCAUUUUAUUCAAUAAGGAUUUCAGGUCAACUUUAAUAAUAUCUCACAAUACUUAUAUCGACAUCAUUCCAUUUCGGAAAAUAAAUUGAAUGACAACAAACAUUAUAUCUCAUCUAUAAUUUCUCAUGUCUUUAAUUCAUACCAAAACCCACAUCAGAACAAGCAUCAAUUUUAAAGUGCUUACAAACAUCAUUCAAAAUCUUUGCAGGGCAGACAGAUGUAAAAUCUAUAGUAUUCAAUGUAAGCAUGGAUGUAUUAAAAUAAAUACUGAUUUAUACUUCAUUUUGUUUUAAUCUUUAUCUUAUGCUUAGUACAUGUAAGGAACUAGACAAGGGACUGUUAUGGUUAAUAAAAUAUUCAGGUUAUAAAAGUAUAGAUGAUUACCAUUUAUGUGCAUGAGGAAAGCACUGAUUCUAAACUCGUACUUUGCGUCACAUCUUUUGGGUGGUGGCAUUUAAGGUAGGUCAGUCCCAAAUAUGAUCAAUUAGACAUAAUAUUAAUGUUCAACACUAUUCUAUUCCAAAACCGAAUGAGACUAUACUAAAUUUUUAUCAGUAAAGUGCGUGUGCAGUGUUGCGGCACCCGGAUACUGGCCAAUACUGAAUGUACAUGAAAAGAAAAAUGGUUGAAGUGGUUUCUCUGUUUUGCAUUCGAUCUAUAAAAAAGGGACUGAAGAUUAUUACAUUUUCAUGUCUGAUAUCGCUCACAUACACUCCGAUAUAUUUUAAUAAAACUGCGAUAAUC